AUGGCGCUGCAGCCAAAACCUGAAGGCAAGGUGGCUAAAAAGAACCCAGAAUCUGGUGUGGGCUCCUACCUGCAGCUCUUCACCUGGGAGGAGACUGAGCUUCACACAGGCCAGGGGCACCCGCAGCAGAAGCAGUUGCUGGUGAUUGACAGGAAGGUCUAUGACAUCAGCCCGUUCUACCAGCAGCAUCCGGGGGGUGCCCAGAUCAUCAGUCAUUACACAGGACAGGAUGCCUUGGAGGCCUUUGUCACAUUCCACAUCAACAAGGCACUGGUGAGAAAAUACAUGAGCUCACUGCUGAUCAGGGAGCAAGCACCAGAUCAAAUCAGCAUGGAGCCCAGCAAAAAUAAACUGCUGGUAGAGGAUUUCUGUGAGCUACGUGCCACCAUCAAGAGGAUGGGACUUCUGAACCCCAACAGCCUCUUCUUCCUGAUUUUCCUGCAAAUUCUGCUGCUAGAGGCUGCCAGCUGUUCAUUCUGGUACUUUGGAACCUCGCUACUACCUUUCUUCAUCUCUGCGAUCCAGACUAACACGGCUACCCCUCUGAUACUUGAGUCUCAAGCUGGGUAUCUGCAACAUGAUUUUGGACACCUCUCGGUAUUCAGCAAGUUCAAAUGGAACCACGUAGUUCAAAAGUUUGUGACAGGCCAACUGUUGCUUGGGAUGAAGAAGAAGACGUUCAUGCCUUACAACCACCAGCACAAGUACUUCUUUGUCAAAAUGCCCCCAUUCCUGUUUCCUGUCUACUUCCAGUACUUUGCAUUCCCCAAGACAAUCCAGAGAAAAGACUGGGUGGACCUGGCCUGGAUGCAGAGUUUCUACAUCCAAUUCUUUGAUAAAAUAUGCUCUGUUCAUGACAAAAAUAGCUUGGUUUUAAGGUCCUCUACAGGCCCUAAAUCUGUUUGGAUUAUUUUAGGUUCUGGAGAGUAUCUGGCUUGUCUGGGUGACUCAAAUGAGCCAUGUCCCAAUGAACAUUGA